AUGUCCUACAUCAACAAUUUACAUCCGGCAAGAUACCGAGAGUUGUAUAAGGUUAUGAAGGUCAAUAUCCCAUCGCGCAUCAAGUAUGAUUCGGUUGAUUACCUGCCUGAUGAUCCGCCUGAACCUGAACCGGAGGAGGGAGAAACGUAUGAAACUGGUGCGUUUUGGGCGCGAUGGGAAAAGUGGAAGGAAUCUCGACAUAUUGAACUCCCAGAACCAGCGGAGUUUCAACCACAUUUCGAAUAA